AUCAUGUAAGCACCCGACAAACGGAUUGUUACAAUCAUUUAUUGGGAAAGAGUGGGGUUUGAAAACUUCGGUAUGUAUUCGUUUGACUUCGACUUCCAGGCAUUAAGAGGAAGAUGAAAUCAAUAUCGUGAAAAGGAGGUAAUAAAAAAAAUCCGAUUUGAUCGAUAAAUCGAUCUAGAAUUAAGAUUUGAUAAAUUUAAAAAAUUCCUCAAGCGAUUCGUUUAAAAUUGGACUGCAAUUUUCAGUAGUGGUAUUCACUAAGAAACACUGCUGUAAUAAGGUGAAUUAAUUUAUCACCGCUCAAGUUAUUUCCAGACUAACAACGAAAAAAUUUAAACUUUUUAAACGGAAAUAAGAAAUUGGAUGUCUUUCGACAAUGCAUCGAGUGGUCGGGCGCUAUCAUACUGAUAGUAGCAUAGGGCAAAGUUACUCGGCAUGAGAAAAGUCAAAGGCCAACUUUUACAGAAGAGUUUAUUCUAUUCGAAAAUAGGAAUUCUGUUUCAAAUGUGAGUCAUUUAGAAGAGGAUUCUGACAAGGAAAACAACUUCAAGGAUUUUUAUUUCAAUCGAACUCGAAGUGCAGGAAAUCCUGAUAUGGAGUUAAAGUCACAUGAUUUCAAAAUGGCUCCCUCCGGUGGAUCAAAAAAUAACGGGCCGAUGAAAUCAGAGAGUCAACAAUCAAUUGUCUCUAAACCAGAGGAAGAAUAUGUUGUAUAUGCAAGACGAUGGUUCAUUCUUAUCGUCAUUGUUAUUUUGAAUUUGUCAAAUGCAAUGACAUGGAUAACAUUUUCACCAAUUGCUGAUCUUACCAGUACAUACUACAAUAUAAAUGCUUUUAAAGUCAAUGUGUUGUCACUGAUUUUUAUGGUAGCAUCGGUUCCCUUUGGUUUCACUGCAUCAUGGGUUUUAGAUACUUAUGGAUUACGUUCUAGUAUUCUAAUGUCAGCAUGGCUGAAUGGUAUAGGAAACUUUUUGAGAAAUGUGAGUACCUUUGAUGGAAUUUCAUUAGAACUGAGGUUUUGGAUCUUGCUGGCAGGGCAAACAUUGGCAGCCAUCUCUCAACCUUUUGUGAUGUUUGCACCCACUAAACUAGCAGCCUUGUGGUUUCCUGAUUCCCAAAGAGCAACAGCUAACAUGCUGGCUUCCAUGGCCAACCCUCUAGGAAUUUUAGCAGCUAAUCUUAUAGCACCUGCUAUGGUGAAUGGAUGCAACUCGGAAGAGCUUCCAAGAGCUCUCUGGGUUAUAUCCUCUCCAGCCUUUUUGGUAGUCGUAAUGUCAACAUUCGGGGUGUGUUCAUCAGUUCCCCCCACCCCUCCUACCGCCAGCGCCGAGGAAGACUCAGAACCAUUUAAAGAGGGAUUGAAAAAGAUUGCUAAAAGCAAGAACUACUGGGUCCUGUGCCUUAGUUUUGGGACAGGCCUGGCUGUCUUCUCGGCAGUGACAUCAUUCCUUGACCAGGCACUGUGUCCUAGAGGAUACUCCAAUGACUAUGCGGGGCUUUGUGGGGCCCUGAUGAUCGUGGGUGGUGUGGUGGGGGCUAUUAUUGCUGGAAUCUAUGUGGACAAAACCAAGCGAUUUGAGGAAGUUGUGAAGGUCUCCUACGGAUUUGCAGUAAUAUUUGGAGUAGCCUUUUUUCAGGCAGCUAGGUAUAAGGACCAGGAGGUACUGAUAGCUGUGAUGGUGACAGGGUUUGGAACCUUUGCUUUUGCCAUGUAUCCAAUCUCUAUGGAGUUAGCUGUUGAAAUAACCUACCCUGUUGCUGAAGCCACAAGCUCUGGUCUUCUGAUAGUGUCCGGACAAGUCCAGGGGAUCAUCAUCAUCUUAGUGACCCAAUUCCUGACACAGCCACUGUCCGCGGCACAAUUGGCCGACUCGGCCUGUGCUCAAGGGUCUGGAUGCAGUAGUGGAAGUAAUUCUUUCACCCCUCAGGAUUGGACAGUGCCGGGUCUUUUCAUGAAUGCCUUGACUACAUUGGCUGUAUGCUCAGUGAUUCUUUUCAUGAAGGGAGACUACAAACGAAUGAAAGCCGAAAAACAUCUAAAUGCACAGAAAGUCUUGAGUAGUACUAAUAGUCUCACUAAUGUAAUAGAUGUUCAAACUACCUCCCCAUAAGCAAGUGAGCCAGUUGUUUGAUAUGCAAAUCUUAAAGGGCAGAACUCAGGACUUGCUGUUACACCAUUGUACUGGAUAGCAAAAAUAUGGUCGAAGGCACUGUGCUUGUCUUUGUGGAGUUUCAAAGAAGAAGUGGUUAUAGUUCCGAUUGGAAUAUUUUCUUUUUCUGUGAUAUGAAAUUCUUAAUCCCAGGGAUAUCUUAAUUAUAUAUAUAUAUAUAUGUUUUAUAUGUUUAAUUUCUGGGAAGGUGUACAAUGUGUCCAAGGCUGUGUGGACAUGAUCCAACCAAAUUUCUGAUGAGUACACUGUACUAUCAUAUUAUUGUAAAAUAUUUUCACAUUGAUGAUGAAAUGCAAUUGAAGAACAAACAUCACAAAACAUCAUGACACCUUUCAAUAAAAAAACCAAGCAAAACAAAAGUACACGUAUAUGUGGAUAGAAAGAAAACAAGAAAAAUUCUAAACAAAUCAUGAUAAAUGAAUGGAUGAAAGAGACUUUGUUCUAUGAAGUAACUUUAAAUUCAAGUUGGAAAAGAAACGAAAUUGAAUGGACUGUAAGGGCCCUCCCUAUGUACUUUUUGUGACAUGGUCUUGCUCCCUUCUGAUUAAAAAACUUAUCAAAGUUUUUUGUCACACAAAUGUGACUUUUUAGUCUAUCACAUAACUGUAAUAGUAAAUUCUGUUGUUCCGUUAAAGUGGAUAUACAUGUAUAUACAGUGAAUUUUAUGCAUAACAUUAAAAGUGUCUCCUUAUUUUUUUCUAAAGUAUUUAAUUAUCCAGUACAUAUUCUAAAUAUGGCACAAUGUGAUCAGAAAAUUGAUAUUUCAAUUUACAAAUGUCCCUCUAGAUUUUUUUUUAUACAAUCAUGUGCUAUUUGAUUGUGCCAAUCAUGAAGAAAAUUGUUUAUGUACAUGUAUACCAUGUUCUAGGUUGAUGAACACUAUAAGAAUGAGAGACUUUUGCGUAGUUUAUGCGUUUUAUAAAUGUAUUCACUCUACAUGUAACUGUAUGUCUGUGGAGAGUGCAUGUUGAAUGUUAAUUUGAAUGUUUGGUAAUACAUCCUAAAUGUAUGUACUGAUACCAACAAGUCUUAAUUUAAAUAUACAAUAAAAUAGAAAAAAAUGAA